GCCCGGCUAGAAACCGUUUCAUUCCUUGCCGACUCUCCACACUGCUAGAGCGAAGCUCCGCAGUGAGUCAGCACGCGGCAACGCACCGGUACUCUGCGGCUGGAGCUGCUCUGCGCUCGGCUUCGGUCGCGCGAGGGACCUUUCCUGGGAACGAGCCGAGCGCGUCCGCUGAUUCGCGAGUCCGGCUUAACGACAGGCCGCCCGGCCGUUGCACGCGCCCGCUAGGCACAGAAGGACGGCGAAAGGGGACUGACCGAAGCUGAGCUGAGCAUUCCCGGGGAGGAGAGCGCGCGCCAGGGCGAGGUGGGAAGGGAGGGAGGAGUGUCGUGAAGCUCACGGUCAGCAGUGGAUCAUCCGGGCUAGUUUGCGCCUGGGGACGCGAAAUGCGAGAGGAGGACAAGGGCGUUCUCAGUGGCGGCGGCGGCGAUGCGGGACUGGCCAGCGCUGCAGCGCGGGGGCAAGUUGAGAUGGUGCGACAGCUCCUGGAAGCCGGUGCGGAUCCCAACAAAGUCAACUGCUUCGGGAGGAGCCCGAUCCAGGUCAUGAUGAUGGGCAGCGCCCGCGUGGCCGAGCUGCUGCUGCUCCACGGCGCGGACCCCAACUGCGCCGACCCCGCCACUCUCACCCGACCGGUGCACGACGCCGCCCGGGAGGGCUUCCUGGACACGGUGGUGGCGCUGCACCGAGCCGGGGCGCGGCUGGACGUGCGCGAUGCCUGGGGCCGCCUGCCCGUGGACCUGGCUGAAGAGAGGGGCCACCGCGUCGUCGCCCGGUACCUGCGUGUGGCCGCUGGAGACUGAUGGCAGGUGCACAAAGGCUUUUUUCUCCCCAAUUCCCCACCCCCAACUGAGUUCAAUGAAGGCUGCAAACGCGGAGCGGAGGAAAGCCUGAAAGCCUUCCUCGGUGAUUCGACUCUGUGGGGAGGGAGGGGUAGGCCAAAAAUAAUUUUGUUUCCUGGAUCCCGCCCUCGACACUCACCAUGAAUUAAAAGAGGUAGGGCGAGUGGAUUUCCAGCAAGAUUUUGGAGCGAAGUGUUCAGUUCCGAGGGGUCCUUUACUUUGUAGGGUUUUCUGGCAAAAAGUUGAAUGUGAAGUCCACGAAGGACCCUUGGUGACUGCCAAUCUUCACGCGGAAGAUGAUUGGGGCUGAGAGGGUGGCAAUAGUGAUUGGCAUCCGGAAGGAGAUAAGUGAGACAGUAGCCCCACUGGCCUUGAAAAAGCCUCACUUCAGGCCUUAGGGGGCUACGAAGGAAAACCUGAAGACUGAGGACCAGACUAGGAUGAUGACUGUCGAUACGAGUGUCAGUAGGCGCCCAACGCUUUACACACUGUGCGGUACACGGCAAGUCACGUGGAAAACAAUACUCCCUGGAAGCCCUGGAGUCUCGUGCUCAGCUCCACUGGAUAGUGAAGGGGAAAAGAGGCUGGGGAGCCACCUCGAAUUUGCCCAUGCAUUCUAAAAUUCCUGGAUCAGGUUGAUGCAGGACAGCUCUCAGAAAGGGGCAGGCACUUGCUGUUUGAUAUUCAGUCCAGGAGAUAUAUCUGUGGUGUUCCAGAUGUCCUCCAACAGAACAAAGUGGUCGAUUGUAGUGAGAGCAGCCUGUAACUGUUUGCUUCAUCUAUAUACAAUAUAGGAUAUACAAUAUAUACAGAAACACUCGUGUAAAUUGACAUUUGAAAAGAUUUCGUGAUAUUUUGUACCUCUGAGUUGUUUUUCAGUAACUGUCUUAAUUAAUGGAGAGUCUUUAAACAACAAAGAAACUUGUGGCCCUUGGUAAAGAGGUGAGGAAGAGCUGCAGCUCUUUAAUGAAGCUAUGAUCCAGUGCCAAUGCCUAGAUUAUUUGCAUCCUUAAUCUAUUUAUUUCUUUGUUAAAAUUUCUGUCUCCUUUAUUAGAGUGUCUCAGGGGAUCAAACUAUGAAAUAUUCCAAAUGUCUUUUAAAAGACUGAUGCACUUACUCAGUAAAUUAUCUUGGGAUAUUUCCCAAAGUGUUGCUGAAAAAGUAGAUUGAGUAUAAAACCGCUGAAAAUAUAUGAUGCUGGCUCGUGGAAUGUCUUAAUAUCUGCUAAUGGUGCACUGCUUUGGGAUUUAAUUUCCAGUAUUGUUUGAUUCAUUACAGCAUUGAAACAACUGCUACUUCACUGCUUUAAUAAAGAAAAAAAAAAUAGAAGCUGGACUCCAAGAUGUGGAUAAUUUACCACUAACUCCCUUGAAAUGCUAAAGACUCAAAGGGGUUCACAUUUCUUACUGUUUGUAAUAAUUGUUAAUACCAACAAAAAUUUAUAAGAACUGGUUGUACAUACAUUGAAAAAUUUAUACAUGUAGUAUGUGUAUAUGUGUAUGAAUGAGAGAAGAGGGAACAGAAAAAUUUAAGAGAUUUAUAAAAAGAAUUGUCUUUGUGCUAAAUUAAAAAAAAUCUUUAUUUCUCCAUCAAUUCUUUAUUCCCCAAAUUAAUAUAUUACAGGGGAAGCAUAGUUGAGAAUCAGAGUCUAUCUUAUUAGGGAAAAUGUAUAAGCAUUUAUUGACACAUAACUUGUGCCAGGCACACUUAAAUAUAUAUUGUUCAUUUAACACUUAAAAUAAACCUAGGAGAUAGGUAUUGUUUCCCACAUGUGGACAAUGAGACAGAGAAAUGUCAAGUAACUUGUCAAAGGUCACAAGAUAUUCAUUCUAUGGUUGUGCAAAGUAAGUCUAUCUGGCUCUAAAGCUUAUGGUUUGGUUUGCUUUUCACACUGCACCAUUCUGUUCUCCAAAUUUAAAGUCAACUAAAAAAAAAUUUUGAAGCAGAAACACUUUUUAUCCCUUGUAAGGUAUCUAUCUCCCUGGUAAGUUCCUAGGAUACUUUUUCUUUCUAUAUUAUCUAAUAAAUCUGAAAAGAUUAUUUAAUAUCUAUUUUUAAAUGGCAGCAAUAUGAAGACUAGACCCCAAAAGAUUAAAAAAAAAAAAAACUUUUGAAACAAAAAUAAUGGAAUUCCCAUUUUCAAAUUAAGCCAUAUGGACAGAAAAUACAAUUCUAGUUAUCACUUAAGUACCCAGUCAUUAUUGACUACAGGAACAGUAUUGUUAAAGUUUAUAUUGUUUUACAACUACUAAAAAGCAUACUGCAUAAAAUAAGUCAAUUGAUCAUUUAAAAUCUUCCAUUUGGCUUAUGAAAUCCCUUAUUUUGUCUUCUAUUUCUUAAGUUCCAAAAUAUUCAAAUCUGCUAGUUACCAUGAGGCUGAAUAAUGAAAAAUAAUAAUCCUUAGAAAUAAAUAUGAAAUGUGAUUUCAUUCUUAACUUAAAAGAAUUAUGGAAUCUGAUGACAACCUAAUAUUAAAGGAAGCUAAAAUCAGAAAGUGUGGUUGUGGAUCUUACAGUACUAUAUUACAUUGUUUUCAUUUUAUGAAUAUAUCUAUACUGUUAAGUUUGUUAAAGAUUUCACUCUGAAGGAUACAUGCAAACAAAUAUAUACAUAAGCUCUGCUUCUAGCUUCAUUGUGGAAUUACAGAAAAUAUAUACAUGUUAACUUCUACAUUUAAGUCUAAAAUAUUACCAAAAUUUAUACAAAUCUUACUCCCUGACCUUCAUUUCAAAAAGAUCUAGAAGUGAAAUAAAUUCAGAAUUCAAUAAUUUA